AAUCCGCUUGCUUCCCGAACUUGACUUGUCAUACCAACCUUCAAUUCCAUCAAGAUUGAUGAAUGCAACCGAACACGAUCUCACCACUGAUCUAGCACGCACUUCUAUCAGCACAUAGGCAUUACAAUCACCUAAUUCCAACGAUGCAAACAUCAGACUGGCAAACCACACAAGAAGGCGACUACACCUACGGCUACAACGACGGUAAAGCCUACACCCGCCACCACACCGCCACCGAAUGGACUCUUCUCUCCGAACCGACAUCCCGCGCCUCAACAAGAAAAGUGCUAGGCAUUGAGCGCGCCUCGGAGGGACCAUUCACAUGGCGACGCCACGGCACACCCUGGGCCCUUGAGAAAAUCCAAUUCGAACCAACAGAAACCGUCUCCAGUCAAGCACAGGAACGUCCCUCCCUCCACCUCGUCUUGCAGAGGCAAUCUGAGGGCGAGCCGGACCACUGGUCGCUUUUCGUGGCGUGCGAGGGACAGAAGGGGGAGAGGUUCCAGGUCACGGGCGACGCGGAGAAUAUGUACUAUGUGCAUGAUCUCGACAUGAAUAUUCUUGAGGAUGAAGCUUACAAGACAUCGUUUGUGCUGGCGAAGGAUCUCGAUGCGGAGGCGGAGGUUUGCAUUAAGCGGAUUGCGGAAGCAGAGACGCCUCCUUCUGCGCCGAAUCGAGCGGCUGUGAGGGAGAAUUGUCAGGGUUGGGCUUAUCGUGUGGUAUGUAAGUUAGUGGAAGAGGGAGUCGUUCUGGGGGAGAAGCUUCCUGGGGUUAAGGCCAUGAUUGAGCCGAUUGGAUGAUAGGUCAAUGAACAUUAGGGUGUUGGGUGUCAGUGUGGUUAUGGGAUGUAAGAAAGAUCAAUCUUACAAUUUCUGUGGCGUUCAGUAUGAGUUAUUGAGACGGCAUUGAGAGAAAAUCACUCAAAAUGGGAAAUUCGUUGAUUGCGCG